AGAGCGGCGUCGGGAGGCUCAGUGUAAGAGAGGCGUCGGUGGAGGACGCAGUGGUGACGAACUCUUCGAAAAGUGAGGAGAAGAAGAGCGUGUGCGAGGGAGGAGAAUCGAGAGAGUUUGGAGAGAAAGAGGAGAUAGAUAGGGAAGGGGAAGCGCACACCGACGUCCCAAACGAUCUCUCACGAACGAACGAUCGACUGAAAUUAACCUUUUCCUUAAUCCCCCAAGUGUCCCUUCGUAACCCCCCGCAAAAACGAGUUCGCUCGUUCUUUUCCUUCAACCCCGUGCUCUCCCCCCACGCAUUGUUCCCAAACUUACUCCCCUUGUUUCCUUUCCCUUUUUCCUUUUGUUUACUUUCUUUCGACGACGAAACGAACACAGAACGAAUAACCGAUACCUCGAGCUAUGGCAGCCACCGCCAUGGAUCCAGUCGACAUUGCUAAUAUCCUCGCGCAGGAACUGCUUUAUCAGCAGCGAGAAUCUAUUUUUCACGGUAUAAUGUUACGCGCACGUGCGGUCGAGGGAGGCUUGGUGGUGGUUCCCCCACAGCUGGUAUCUCUGGACGGAUUACACAGCGGAGUGCCGACCAGAACGACGCCGACGUUGACGCCGACGACGCUUCGAAGCAUCGAACAAACAUUCUUGGAGCUGACCAGCGAGUCAGCGUCGCACAGUCGCGAGGCAGGGUUCGUGCCGCCGUUGGUGGAACCCUCGCAGCCGACGCCGGCACAGACGCAAAAUACGACGGCGCAUCACACGAUUAUCACGACCGCUGCCGGCCCCGUGGCCGCCAACACCACCCUCGUGGAGAGCCAUCAGACGCAACCGCAGCAGCCAACGAGGCGCAACAUGGGUGGUAGAAGGCCCACCAGGACGAUCGGGAUGACACCCGAGGAGGAGGAACGACGACAGAUACGUCGCGAAAGAAACAAGAUGGCAGCAGCCAGAUGCCGCAAGCGAAGAAUGGAUCACACAAAUGCCUUGCUAGAAGAAACAGAGGACUUGGAACAAAAGAAACAAAGCUUGCAGGAAGAGAUCCAUCAGCUGGAGCAGGCCAAAGACGAGCUGGAGUUCAUCCUGAAGGCGCACAGGGCCGUUUGUCGGCUUCGUUCCGCGUCUCCUCCGGACGUGAAGCCCGUGAUAAAGCCCGAGGUUCCGAUAGAGGAACAGCAAUUCGUAGCCAACUCGAAACGCGAGUCCGUGCACGCCGCGAGACCGAACAGACCGAACUCGUUGCCGGUUGGCUUCGACAACAACAACAGACCAAAUUCCUUGCCGAUUUUUACCGAACCGAAAGAGAGGCCCGACUCGCUGACGUUCAAAACGGUCGAGACGCCGUCCUUCAUGAAACCGUCGCUGGACAUCGCGGGGAUGCCGAUCACGACCCCCACCAGCGGCAUACCGUUUAAUUUCGAAUCGCUGAUGGAAGGUGGUACCGGUCUGACGCCUGUCUCGACCCCCCUGAUACCAUCCUGUUCCACGCAGCAGAGAAACAAUCUGGCAGCCGUAGACCUCAGCUCCCCGGAUGCGAAUCCGCCGAAGCUCGUGAGUUUGUGACGCCAAGAGGGCCUCGAAUACGGAUCGAACGAGGACGAUCCAGAAUGAAGAGACGUUGUUUUUCGCCAACUACUUUGUUUUGCGGAUGAAUCGUUACAAAAUAUGUACAGGAGGAGGGAGGAACCAUGACGCGUGAGGGAAACUUGACGAAUUCUUUUCUACAUCACCCAGUUGCCAUACGUUGAACCGCCGAAGUACAUCGAUCUCGUCGGGCAGUAUUAAAACCGGGGAACCCUCCGCGACGGAAUUUGCCCUUUCUCCUGAUAUCUUUCACUUCGGAGAGCCGAGAUCGUACUUUGCUUCUCAUCGGGAAUCGAUGGAGAAACACGCCGUACGAUGCAUUUCUGGAUGACUCGUUUGUAAAGAAGAAAUAAACAAAAAACACGUUGCAAUAAAGGGAUGAUAGUUGCACUGUUA